AUGGCCAUCAACGAGCGGGAGAACCGGCGGCUGGCGCCUUCGGACGCUGUGCUAGUGGAGGAGACCAACCAGCCGCAGACCAUGCGCGUCUGGCCCGGGCUGAGGGUCGUGGGUGUCGGCGUCACGGUGGCCAAGGGCUGCUUCGUCAUGGUGCGCGAGAUCGGCGAGCGCUUCCUGCUGGAGUGUCCUGCGAGGUUUCGGAGCAAGGUCGGAAUUCCGACCUUGGUAUUUUGA